CGCGGGAAGAAGCGAGAAAGGCAAGCCGGGCGUGCACGCCUCUUCCGCCCCGGGCCCGGAAGGGUGAUGUGGCUGGGGCUUCGCCGGCCUCACUAUGUCUGCCAUUUUCAAUUUCCAGAGUCUGUUGACUGUAAUCUUGCUGCUUAUAUGUACCUGUGCUUAUAUCCGAUCCUUGGCACCCAGCCUCCUGGACAGAAAUAAAACUGGGUUGUUGGGUAUAUUUUGGAAGUGUGCCAGAAUUGGUGAACGGAAGAGUCCUUAUGUUGCAGUAUGCUGUAUUGUGAUGGCCUUCAGCAUCCUCUUCAUACAGUAGCUUGGAAAAAUGCCAGAAUUUAGUUGCCAUCAGAUUUAAAUACGAAAAAAAAAAAAGGACUUAUCUGCAGAAAAUAAUGGAAAGAAUGGUUAACCCAUUUAUCUCUGAACAUUGAAUGAGAUAAAUUUUCAGCUGCUGUUCUCUAUUUUUGUUAUUGGACCAAUGUUCUAUAUAAAUAGUUAGGAUGUAACCAUUUAAUACUCAGAGUUUAAAUGUCUGUAACAAUCAACCUCAGUAGUACUGUCACUACAAUAUUACAGUCUGCAUAUGUCAUUCUGUUGUGUCAGAUGCCAGUUUUUAGUGAGGUAUCUUGAAGGCACAUAGUAGAAAACAAAAUUGGUAAAUUACUUAAGUUCCUUUCACUGUGAUUUGGAAAUGAUAAAUCUUUAUAAAAUGAGACCCUUUUUUGGACUAACUUUUUUAUUGAAAAAGAAAAGUUUCAAUUUCUGUUGGUAGGGAUUGCAUUCAUAUUUAAUAAUGCUUGCUUUUCCUCUGGCCACAGCAUUCUGAGCAUUAACCAGAGUACCUCUACUCUUAGCAAACUGUAGUUUAUUACAGGUGUUUAAACUAUUUAAAACAAGCCUAUGCAGUUCUUAAGGAAGAAGAUAAAUGAGAUGUGACUUGAGUAGUACUGAGAACAUGUUUCUAUUUGAAAGAAUUCAGAAUACUGACUGGUGUUAUCGUCUCUGAAACCUCUGGUUUAGUAUGGAUAAAUGUCUUAAGCAUAAAUUUGACCAGCUAACUGUCGUUCUCUGAAUAAGACUACAUGCUUAGAGUAAAAAGAGCUAAACAGAACAAUUACAGAAUGAUAAUCAAUUAUAUGUGUUUUUCAUUCUUUUUAGUGUUAGGUCUCUACAUUUCAAUUACCCCAAAAUGCAAACUGUGUGGUUUUUUUUAAUACAGCACUUUAAAUCUAGUUUAUGUUUUGUCUAUCAACUUGAACUGGAAUCUUGUAUAACUUACUACGUGAUGAUAAAAAGUUUUCAAAUCUACUUACCAUAUGCCAUGGCAUAAAUGUCUUUGAGCUUUGAUGAUAAAGGAGGACCUUCAGUAAUUUCUGUCAAGGCAAGAGUAACAUUGGAAACGUGACAUAAAUUUUGUAGUAAAGCAGUUAUUACACAUUCAUGGUUUACAUUUCAAAGUUCAGUUAAAGUUUCAAAGCUAAGGAGAACUUCUUAGCUUAAAAUUGCCAGUUAUGGGUAGUAUUAAUUAGAUAUUGUCAGCUAUUAAUUCCCCAUAAAGAUAAAAAGAAUAAACUUUUUUUUUAAGAAAAAAUAUUGUUUAGAAUUAUUUUAAAAUGGGCUUUCCAGCAGCUCUUUCUGCAGAAACAAAGUAUGGAACUAAAAGUUGCCUAUUUUUAAGACCACUUUAAAGUACUUAGAAAGAAUUCUAGGAAACAUCUAAGAAAAUCUUGUUACAUAUUGCCUGCUUUUUUUUGCGAAAGAUGAAAGCUGCUAUAGGCUGUCAGUAUAUUUGUUUAUUGUACAUUUCUGGCUUAUCUAUAGCUGAUUUAAAAUGGUAUAUUUUGCCUUACACAGGUUAAUCAGGUUAUGAUAAUUGUUCCUACUCUGCACUAUCUCUUGGACUUUGCAUUAGGUCAGGGAUUUUCAGGGUAUCCCCAAAAUAGGGCUCUUAUCAGCAUAUACAUGCAGAGUAAGUCACCUUCCUGGGUCUAGUUUCUGAGUGGCCAUCUGUUGUCCAACUCUGCUGCCAACUAGACUUUCCAAAAGCUAUGUCAACUAAUUUUUUAUAUACUAAUACAAAUUAAUAUGAAAAAGGGAAGACUAUUCUAGAUAAUGUUUUAUGACAUUUCUUUAAGUUGGCAUUUCAGAGGAGGUAGGUGGAAAGUAGAGGAAAAUAAUUUCUUUGGAAAAUUUGUGGCAACAUGUAAACAUUUUUUACUGUGUGUAACUGCUGAACAGAGUAGGAGGCAGCUUAUUUCUGACCCCAGACUUUCUGACCUUUUGAAACACAAGGUCUUUGGGAGAUGGGGAAAGACAGGAUUCUAUGAAGAAAAGCAAGUAACAUUUUCUUUUAUGUAUUUUUUUUUUUCCAAAGAGUUACCACUGAAUCCUAUUCUCUAACCCAAAGAGCAGCGUAGGUAGUUUUAAGCCCACAGAAUAUUCAGAUAUUCCUUUUGUGGUCUUGGAGGGGUAGUAGGAUGCAGAAGAGGAUUAAGAAUCAAUUUAAACAUCAGAUGGACUGCCUCUGUCACAUAGUCUUGGUGCAGGGCUGGAUAGGUGAUGGGCACUGAAGUCCACAGCUUGCUGGAUUCAAAUACUCUUCCUAACCUCCUUCCUGGCUCCAGAAUCUUUUGAGUCCGUCUUACCUGGAAUUUGUUUUGUGCUGAUGUUUAGUUCCUGAUUGGCCUCAGCUGUGCCAAUGGCAGGCGCAAUGUCUUCUUUCCAGGCAGUCUUAAAAGAUGGUUAGUCAAAAGAACACAUAGUCUGUUGAAUUCCCUCUGUGGCUUAAAAAAGUUUAGAUUCAAGUCCAAUAUUUUGUUAAUGCCUAUGCUGCUGUGCCAGGCACUACUAUCCUGAAUGUUCUUACAUCCUCAAAUUCAAAAUAGCCCUUUUUUGUUGGGAAAAGUAAUAUGUAAUUUAUAAUAGAUACGAUCAUCUUAGUAGAAUGCGGAUCAGUCUAAUUCUAACCUAGGAUAAAAUAGAGAUUUGAAUGAAGUAACUUCUGUAAGUUUACAAAGUCAAAAAUGAACAGAUCUCUGCCUGGUUUUGUGAAAAAAAGACCUAGCAUUUGUAAAUAGAAUAUUUAUAUUUUGGCAUUUUUAAGAGGCAUUAUUAAUAGAGUAUUCAAUCUAGUAUCACUGAAGAUAGAAAGACAAGUACAGUUUCUUCCCUCUAGUGGUCCAUAAUGUAGUUGGUGAGAGAGAAAAUGAGGUUAUUUUUAUGAAUUGCAAUGUGAUAGCAUUUAUUAUUGAGUUAACACCAGUAUCCUCGAAGAAAAUAAAAAGGUGAUGGCUCAGUCAGGGAUAUGAACUUCCUUCCAGAGAAGCAAGGCUUAAGCUGAAUUUAAGAGCAAAAUGCAAAAGCACCAGGGGUAUAUUAUGGACCAUAAGUACCUGGCUUGUCAUACCACUUAGGGAGUACAGUUGAGCCUUGAACAACACAGGUUUGAAUGCUGCAGCUCCACUUAUGUGUUGGGUUUUUUCCAAUGGUAAAUGCUACAAUACUACACGAUCCCAAGUUGGUUGAAUCUGUGGAUAUGGAACCGUGGUUAUGGAGGGCUGACUGUAGGAUAUGCAUGGAUUUUGGACUGCCCAGAGGGUCAGCACCCCUAACCCACACAUUGUUCAGGGGUCAACUACAUUAAGAUAUAAGCCUAGAAAGGUGGAGAGAGGUUAGAGCCUAGAGUGUCUUGUAUUUUUCUCAUUACUGUCUAUUACCUACCUCAGAAUUGAAGUUGAAUAUGUUUCCUCCUGCCUGACAAAUUCAAGAAGAAAAUAAAAUCCUCCCUUGGUGUAUGUGCAAACAAGGUUGAAUAUAUCCAUGCCAACCUUAUUUUGGACCAAGGAUACAAUAGUAUCCUCUCCAGAGACACCUGCAUAGCAUAUAAAGCCAAGGUGACUUACCAGUCAGGUCAAGUAUUUUUAGAACUCUUAGUGGCUCAUACUCUGUCAAUGCCAAAAGUAGUCAGGAUUGUUAAAGCACACAUGUGCAUAAGCGAAGGUGGUUGCAAUUUCUGCUUUUCCUGGGUGCACAAAAAAGGUUCCCAAUAAACGAAGACAUGUGCUUCUUUCAAAGCCUUUGAGAAGUUAUUGGGUCAUAGGAAACUGAAAACAAGAAUGGAAGAUUCUUAGGGACCCCUCUUUAUUUGGUAUCCAAUAACUGUAGAUGUACAAAAUGUAAGUACCUGAGUAAUAUCAACAUUUUGAGUACUGCACAGCCCUGGUAUUCUCAAUCAGCAAGUUACUGCUAGCUUCUAAAAAUAGCCUCAUGAUUAUGUCAUCUAUACAUUGCCUUCCAUGGUUUCCUUUACUUUGCCCUAAACCAGUCCCAAAAUGGUAAUCUGAAAUGCCACUCCAAUAUUAGAAGAAAGAGGGUAGGUGGAAAUACAUUUCCUGUGGUUUUGAGAGUACAAAGAAUCAUCCUACUCUUGGGUUAGUGCACGUCUGUGGUGUUAAUAAAAAUCAAAAUGAACUCA